GAGACUGCAGGGCGCAUGCGUGAGAGCAGUUCGCGGCCCGGUCUGGAGAGUAGGGGAGUUCCGUUUGGCCCACCUGGAUUGAGGUCUCCAACAUGCCAGCCAAACGCUUGUACAAGAGAAAUCCUCCAGCAGAAAAUGCCACCACAGAAAGCAAAAAAGUCAAAGUCUGCCACAGAUCUCACCGAACAGAGCCUGGUUUGGUACUAACCCUGGGCCAGGGGGAUGUGGGCCAGCUAGGGCUUGGUGAGGACGUGAUAGAGAGGAAGCGGCCAGCUCUGGUCUCCAUGCCUGAAGACAUCGUGCAGGCUGAGGCCGGAGGGAUGCACACCGUAUGUCUGGGCAAGAGUGGUCAAGUCUAUACCUUUGGCUGCAAUGAUGAGGGUGCCCUCGGGAGGGACACCAGCGUGGAGGGCUCAGAAACCAUCCCGGGGGUGGUGGAUCUGUCAGAGAAGGUGGUGCAGGUUUCAGCUGGAGACAGUCACACAGCAGCACUCACCGAGGAUGGGCGAGUCUUCCUCUGGGGCUCCUUCCGGGAUAAUAAUGGAGUCAUCGGCCUCCUGGAGCCCAUGAAGAAAAGCAUGGUCCCUGUACAGGUCCAGCUUGGGGUGCCUGUGGUCAAGGUGGCAUCAGGCAACGAUCACCUUGUGAUGCUGACGGUAGACGGCAGCCUGUACACGUCAGGCUGCGGGGAGCAGGGCCAGCUGGGGCGGGUACCCGAGUUCUUCGCCAACCGUGGGGGCCGGAAAGGACUUGAGCGACUGCUGAUCCCCCAGUGUGUGGUCCUGAAGUCCAGGGGCCAGCGGGGCUCCGUCCUCUUCCAGGAUGCCUUUUGUGGUGCCUAUUUUACCUUUGCCGUCAGCCGAGAAGGACAUGUUUACGGCUUUGGCCUCUCCAACUACCACCAGCUUGGUACUCCAAGCACGGAGCCUUGCUUUGCUCCCCAGAAUCUGACGUCAUUUAAGAACUCCACCAAAUCCUGGGUGGGCUUCUCUGGAGGGCAGCAUCACACAGUUUGCUUGGACUCAGAAGGUAAAGUGUACAGCCUGGGCAGAGCUGAGUACGGGCGACUGGGCCUCGGGGUAGGAGCUGAGGAGAAGAGCAGUCCCACCCUCAUUCCAAAACUGCCUCCCAUCUCGUCAGUUGCCUGUGGUGCUUCAGUUGGCUAUGCUGUAGCCAAGGAUGGCCGAGCGUUUGCCUGGGGCAUGGGCACCAACUUCCAACUGGGCACAGGAGGGGAUGAUGACGUCUGGAGCCCAGUGGUGAUGGCUGGCAAACAGCUGGAGAACCGGGUCGUUCUGUCAGUGUCCAGUGGGGGGCAGCACACGGUCUUACUGGUCAGAAACAGAGAGCAGAGUUGAUAAAACCUUUAAUGAAACUGUCUGCUCUCCCUGCCCCCCUCCUCCAUGGGAAAGAUACAACUCCUUCAGUUGUCAGCAGAAAACCUCCAUUGCCAAACCGCUACCUGCAUCUGCAGCAGCAGAAAUUGAAUCUUGGCUCCUUUAGGGAAUCAUCUUGGGAACGUCCAGAUGAAGGGAUUGCAUUAAAAUGUGCAAGGAAUGAAUGAAUGGAUGGACAUUUCCCACCUCUCUUGUCUGUCUGCUCCUCAUCCUCCUUCAGGCCCCUUCACCCUGGCCUUCCUCUGACUUUGGGUUAAUGUUCACUGGAAGAAUGUGGUUGGAGCCCCCCACAGGUCCUGUCUCCCACGCUGCCUCCCCACACCACCACCAAGAUGUCAGAGCUUUCUCCUUUGCGAUGUCCAGUUCACAUGAUCUAAAGUCAUCAGAGCAUUCACUGAGUAACUGGCUUUUUUCCCCCACCCCUCACCCUCUUCAACCCUCAGUCCCCAUGCCCAUAACUGUUAUCUUACUGGCCCCCUCCCUGUCCAUUUGGGGCUGUCAGUUAAGGACAAGGCUUACCCACUUGCCAGAAGGGCAGCUGGGCUGAGGUUGAUCCCCUGAACCUCACCCAGGCAUCCUAGCCCAGGUCCCCCAGGAAAGGGCCUGGCCAGGACAAGGAAGACACUAGAUGGGGGAUUGGCAGGACUCAGGAUGUGGACCUAGCCAUUCCCCUUUGGGAGGCCAUGGAGACGAAGCAAGGCAAGGCUGACCCAGUGGACUGAGAAAAGGAAUUGAGUGUCAUUUCCCACAACCCAGCUGGCCUAAGCAAUCCUUAGUCAUCACUUCCCUCAGACUAAUACUAUGCCACCCACUUGACUUAUUGCAGCCAGAUUCCAAACCCCAGGAAUGGCAGUCUUGUUUUUCUGGGAAGGAGAACUACUAUCUUUUUAUAAAUUAAUUUAUAAGAAAAUGAAAAUGGAAGGGGUGUGUAGGUAAGGGAGGUUGUGGGGCUGGUCCUUGAGGGAGGGGAACAUGAAUUUGUACAGUAGCUCAGAAAAUAAUUGUGAUUUUUUUUUUUUAAAAAAGAGUGUUUAAAGUAUUUUGGUCAGGGAGAGUAAGAUCUUUUAACACUGAAUAAAUUUUGAGGUUUUUUUUUUUUUUUUUU